AUGACGCUAGAACUGAAAACUACCGAAUAUUUAAAGCGUCCAAAAUCAAAAUCUCAAAAAUCGAGUUUUGAGUCAUGUUCAUCCGUUUGUCAAAAUGGUGGCCAGUGCACGGGUCCCACAACUUGUGCAUGCGCUACAGGUUGGAGUGGUGACAUGUGUACAAUUGCAAUAUGCACAAAUACUUGUCAAAACGGUGGUACAUGUACAGCUCCUGAUAAUUGUACAUGUGCCACAGGAUGGACUAAAUCAACAUGUGAAACUGCUAUAUGUACAAAUGCCUGUCAAAAUGGUGGCCAAUGCAUAACUCCUGGUAAUUGCACAUGCGUAGCUGGUUGGAGUGGUGCAACGUGUACAAUUACUUGUAGCAGCAGGUUUCUGACUCAAAUUUCAUAUACAGUUGGUCAAAAUCCACGUAUAGUAGCCGCCGCUGAUUUGAAUAAUGACAACAAGCCAGAUAUUGUUACAGCAAACGGAUUUACAAAUGGUUUUAGUGUUAUUCUCAAUGCAGGCGAUGGCACUUUUCUUGCCCAAGCUACUUAUACAACUGGUACUUAUCAAUACUCGAUUGCAAUAGGUGAUUUUAAUAGCGACACUAAACCAGAUAUUGUUACGGCAAAUGAUGCUUUGGGCAACGUUGGUGUUUUUCUCAAUGCAGGCAGUGGCACAUUUUCUGCUCAAACUACUUAUACAUCUGGUACCAAUCCACGCGGAGUAACAGUAGGGGAUCUGAAUAAUGACAACAAAUUGGAUAUAAUUGUUGCAAACUAUGGUUCGAACAACGUUGGUGUUCUUCUCAAUGCAGGCAGUGGCACAUUUCUUGCUCAAGUUACUUAUGCAACUGAUAGUGGUACUUGGGGAGUGACAGUAGCUGACUUGAAUAGUGAUGGCAAACUGGAUAUCAUUUCAGCAAACUCCGAAACGACCACUAUUAGUGUUUUGAUCAAUGCAGGCAGUGGCACAUUUCUUACUCGAGUUAGUUAUACUGUUGGUAGCCGUCCAUUCUCAGUAGCAGCAGCUGAUAUAAAUAGUGACAGCAAGGUGGAUAUUGUUGUCGCAAACACAUAUUCGAACACCGUUGGUGUUCUUCUCAAUUCAGGCACUGGUACAUUUUCUGCUCAAACAACUUAUCCAACUAAUUCGUAUCCAUACUCAGUUGCAAUAGCUGAUAUGAAUAAUGACACUAAACUAGAUAUUAUUGAGUGUACUGCCGUUUCGAACGAUGUUGGCGUUCUUCUUAAUGCAGGCAGUGGCACAUUUCUUGCUCAAACUACUUAUCCAGUUGUUAAUGAUGCAACUUCAGUAGUAAUAGCUGAUUUCAAUAGUGACAAUAAACCGGAUAUGGUUGCUACAAACUUCAAUAUGAACACGGUCAGUGUCUUCAUUCAAUGCUGA